UAUAUUAUGUUUAUUGUUUUGCACCAAAAUACCAAAGCAAAUUCCUUGUAUGUGUAAACCUACUUGGCAGAUUCAGAUUCUGAGGAACUGGCCAAACAUGAUUAACUUUUGAAAGGGCCGAUACAAACAUUUUAAAGGCAUGAUGAAUAGGAAAUUUCACUUGGGAAAGAACCCAAGAGUCACUUUAGUUCAAACGCAACCUUUAUCUAUAAAAACAUGGUUGAAUUUGUGCAGCCAGCCAGUUGGCUACUGCUUAGAACAUAUCACAACUUGAACAUAACUAAAUAAAAUUACAUGCAAAGUGCUAGUUCACAUUGUUUUCUGCAACUGUGAUAUUACUCAGCAGCACUGCAUAAAGGUCAUCAUUCUAUUACAUAAUAUUUCUGCACAUUUUGUUAAACCCUUGUUGAAUAAGUACAUUACUUUCAUUACUCUGCAGCGCUAGUACUUGGAACGAUAAUUCCCCCUAGGUGUGUUAUGGCAGGACAAGCACAGGUGUAAUUAAUAGCAACAAUAACUUCAUGUCAUUAGGUGUGUCACUUCCAGGACACCUAGUAUUUUAUGUUGGCUUACUGCCUUGGCUUACUGUGACACUUAAAUGGAACAGAGCCAUUGUUAAUGCUAUUAGUUACACCUGUGUUUGUCUUGCUACAAGCCCAAAUGUCUUCUGUGAAAAAGGCCUAUUACAGAUAUUAAUUCACUGGACUGAAGCCUCUGUAAAAUAUACACAAUGUACAUAUUUGUGGCAGUAUAACAGGGACAGUGGACAGUCAUUGACUGUCCCAGCAUUAGCUAAAUAGCUAAAUUAAUUGUGUUAUUGUAGUUCUGGUUGGUUGUUUAGUGUUGGUUUUGAAUUCUUAAUGACUAAGGGAGAGCUAGCUUAGCACUCACAUUUAUAUCCACAUUUGUAUUGUUGGCCACUGAGCAGCUGAAUUAAUGCCUUACUAAGGGCAGCUUGAUCCAGAGGCAAUAAUUGUAAUAUACAUAUGUCACUGCUUGAAUAUGGUUCUGAUGUAUUGCUCAAGGGCACAUCUUGCAGUGUUGAGGAUUUCUGUCACAGGUGACAAGUGCAAAAAAAGUGUCCUCACUAAUAUUUGCCUAUUUACCUCGUGGGUGUCUUCCUCCCCUGAUCUGAAUAUCAAGAACACACCCCCUCAAACUGUUGUCCUGAAUUACUCGAGAGACUCAUUUUUAAAUGGAUGAAUGCAUGUAAGCCUUUAUUACCACAAACACGAGGAAAUCUUUUAUGAAACAUUAAAUCCCCUUUUACGCAACCGUCCCUUUAUUGAUCUCUAGUGAAGACAGGGAUAGGGCGGAUAAGGAAGAUUUCCGUUCUCAGGUCACAGUCAGUCUGGUUUCACCUCCACCACCUGGGGCAAGCCUUUGCCUCUCUAGACUGUAACAGGAGUAGGCUAAAUGUCCUUCGCAUUACAUUGCACGUAUUUCAAAUGCAUCUUGGCUGCGGACUCCUGUCAUCCCUGAACAAAUACAUUCGUACAGUAAUCCCUAACAGCCUCAUAUAAUUUCCUGCCAGCACAUCGCGGUUGCGCUGCGUCGUCAGGUGUGCGCUGAAGGGGACGUAGUGGCAUCUGUUGUUGACGCCUCUUCACUAUCGCACCGGCUCGGACAGGAGGACACACGCACAUCUGACGAGGAGAAUUAAGUGUUACGUGGAACGGCUUUCUAAUCUCUGAUCUCUUGGAUUACUUCUCACAUGGACCGGACUUGGCCCCCUGUCCGUGGUUUUUGUCCACUGUUUUACGCACACUGUGCGCUCAUAUUUGCGCGCUCAUAUUUGCGCACUGGCAUUUGCAUGAUGGAUUAAACACUCAUUAGUUUUAGCCUAGUUUUUGAUUUUUGCUCUCUGAACAAUUGUGGAUUAUUAAUGGACUCGCAGCAUGGUAAAUGAUGAUGAUCUUCUGGUCACUGAGGCACGCAACUGUACAUUGGAUUAAGAGCCAGAGACUUUCCACCGCUCUUGUACCGAGCACCUGUUUAUUCUCCUGAGACGCUUUGACCUGUUUUCCCACUAUUGACGCGCUGGGAUGGAAAGCGAGCUGAGACCCAGGAUCUGUUUCCUGACCAAAGGAGAGCGCGGCUAUGGGUUUCACCUGCACGGUGAGCGGAAUAAAGGCGGACAGUUCAUCCGCAAAGUGGAGCCCGGCUCCUCGGCUGACCUGGCCGGACUGCGACCAGGAGACCGGGUGGUGGAGGUGAACGGGGAGAAUGUGGAGAACGAAACCCACCAUCAAGUGGUGAAUCGUAUCCGUGAGGUGGCCCACCGCACCAGGCUGCUGGUGGUAGACAGAGACACGGAUGACCACCUCCGCAGCCGUGGCCUGGCCUGCACAGAGGACCUGGCCGUUGAGAUGGGGACCCUCUCCCCGCGCCCCUCACCCGGGCCCACCCCUUCUACCUCUCCCAUACCCAGAGAGAAUUUGCCCCUGUCGCCAAAACCAAACAACACACACUCAUUUCACCCUCCUGCUGCUGACUCGCCAAUCACACAAGCAAAGGUCAAGAGAUCCUCAGUGACAUCAAGUACAGCGACAGAGGCAAAGCUGCAGGUGCAGCCCUCACCAGAGCCGACAGCGGAGCUCCUUCCCCGUCUGUGUCACCUGGUGAAGGGGGAGCACGGCUACGGCUUCAACCUGCACAGCGAUAAGACAAAGAGUGGACAGUUUGUGCGUUCAGUGGACCCCGGCUUAGCUGCUGAGAGUGCAGACAUCAGGCCUGGAGACAGACUAGUGGAGGUGAAUGGAGUGAACAUAGAGGGUCUGAGGCACUCAGAGGUGGUUGCACUCAUUAGAGCAGGAGGGGAGGAAGUGCGCCUCCUAGUGGUUGAUCAGGAAACGGAUGAGCUCUUCCAGAGACUGGGGUUCACACCCACCACCAGCCAUGACAAAGGUCAAAUUGUAUGCACACAUACACAACUCUCAUACUCUCCAGACAAAAUACCUCAUGUGUUUCUGUUUACUCUUACAGUGGUCUAUGUGGAGGAAUCAGCCACAGAAAGCACACCACCCACCCCCUCUCCAACCUCUAAACUCCCCACCACAGAUCCACCAAUCAUAAACGUCCCGCUGACAGACUCCCCAAUCACAAUAACGUCUCCAAAGUCCCGGGCCAACGGGAGCUCAGCAUCCCAGUCCUCAAGGAGUUCCACCACCCAGUCAGAGAUCAGCAGCUCGGACAUGAGCAUCCAGGUCCCUGAUGAGGACUACAGGCGUGUUUCGGACCCUUUCAUGGACAGUGGCCUGAGUCUGAGUCUCACAGCUGCUGAGGCUAAACAAAAGGCCCUCGCCAGCCGCAACAAAAAGAGAGCACCUCCUAUGGACUGGAGCAAGAGACAAGAGAUCUUCAGCAAUUUCUGACCCCAGAAUGCAGUGGUGGAAUAUAACUAAGUACAAAUUUGAAGUACUUGUACUUUACUUGAGUAUUUCCUUUUUAUGCAACUUUGUACUUCUUACUGCACUACAUUAGUCUAUCAGCUUUUCAUACCCUUCCUGUCCAGUGAAAACCAUGUAUCUCCAAAUUUGGUGAUUUUGAAAUUUUUUUGAUAAACUGAAGAAUGAAGUGUUCCUUUAUGGUUUGAGAAAAUACUCCUACUCCUCAAGCUAAAUAAACUAUUUAACCCCCCCCCCAAUUAGCUGGGAAAUGCAUCAUCACAAAGCUAAAAACAGGGCUGUUUUUCUGAGCUCAUGAAAAGUUGACUUUUUAGAGAUACGUGGUGCUCACAGGACAGCAACGCUACAAACAUAUGAUGAUCUUUUAGAAUAUGAUGCAUUGCUGUAGAUUAAAUGACCCAACACUAUGUAAAGUAGUUAGAAUUAGCGCAGCCUACAACUACAACUACAGCAGUAAAAUGCAACAUACACAUUAAUGCAGCAGUAAUAUUAAUCCAAAAACAUCAUAUAUAAUAGUAAAACACUGACAGGGAACAUUUUACUGCAUAAGAAGCGUGAGAACGGCAUAGAACGAUAAUAUUGUGAUUCUUCACUGCUCAUAUUGUAAAAUACUGUACCUCAAUCUUGCAGAGGCACGGUAAAAGAGAGCGUAAUGUGAAAAAGAAAAAGAGGCAGGUAGUAACAUUUAUAGUAACAUUUAUAGUAAUAUUAUUAAAUUCUGCUCUGUUUCAAAAAGAUAUCAAAUAGUAUUCUCUAGAUGCUUCCUCUACAGUAUCUAUAAGGACAAAGUUCUGUGGAUGUGUCAGAAAUCUUACAACACACUGCAUUAAACAAUGGCAUUAAUGACAGGCAGACCAUCUACUGAAGUAAUUUCUAUUCUACUAUUUCAGAGCCAGUUACUAUGAGUCUAUUACAGCCUAUAUGCAUUCUGUCUGAUUUUGCUGUAAAUACACUUUUCUGCUGCAACUUUGGUAGAUUUUGAAGUAAUAGUUUCAUGUCUUUCAAUUUACAAUUAGCUCAUCAGAGCUGAGUCCUGGAGUAGUUGUCUUUAUAUUAACUUUGUUUGUCAGUUUAAUGUAGCAUAUCAUGUUUAAUGUAAAUACAGAGGAAAUGGGAGAGGCUAAGUUGUGAAAUGUAUAAUGGUUGAUCACCUCAGUGCUUCUCUUCAAUGUUAGAGUGAUUUCUGUAAAGGAAAAUAUUUAAAAAACAGAUGUUGACUAGAUAGGAAACACUAUAGACCCUCUGAUCUCUUGUUGUAGCUUUUUGAGGAAUUUUCUCUCAAAUGUGCUUGAUUGAAUCUUAUCACAAUGUGAAAUAAAUUUUCAGAAUAUGUGUAAA